AUGUCCACAGGCGAAUUUUUCGAUGACCUGGACGACUCAGUCGAGGAGCUCGAUUCCUGGCUCACAAUAUACCGCCGCCUUGUACGUACGGCACCUCCAUCGCUCCUCGAGAUCGCACAGACGGCGCUCGGCGCCAUGAAUGACGUCUACAUCAAGCGCGUGGAAGAGCAGGACCAGGUGGGUGCAGAGUUGGUCGGCGCCGAGCGCGGCCGCGCGACGGCUCGUGUUGACUCCGUCGCCCAAGAACACGGCCUCCGCAGUAGCCACGGAGGUGACGAUAACGGCGACGACGCGCGAGGUCAGCCUCUUCCUGCUCGCCGGCCUGAGCAAUAUGGACGUUACAGUGACGCGAGCCUGCUGAUAACUUUCCUUCAGAAUCAGGCUCUGGCUCGCCCGCUGAGUCCUCGACAGCCAACGCAUGUCCCUGGGUACAAUGACCAACCACCCAGAGAGAAUAAUGUCCGACAAGCAGCUCGUACAGUGGUAUCCACAGCCAUUCAGUUCACGUCGAACAGACCAACAGCGGAUACGACUGAACAAGGUGCCGCCUUGCCUCGCAGCUACCCAUUAUCCUCCCAGUGCGAUCUGCCUUCGGGCCGAGCCGAUCACCUCUCCAAUCCAGUCGCCACGAGCGGCCCCGGCUACCGUGUGCGCUCUCCGCCUCAGCUUUGGGCACUCGCACCCAAGGUCUUGUACUGCAGACCGGCUGCGCACGCCAAUGCCGUCAUCGGAAGGAGUGGGUACCGCAAGUCAUUGACCCCCCAGACGGAGAACCAGAAGGGGAAGAAGAGGGCGCUCGAUGUCGAGGAAGUCGAGGAGGAUAAUGUCGAUGAAGAGCACGACGGCGACGAGCGUGAUCGUGA